UCCUCGCCGAGUGGGAGGGUCACACUGGGAGAGACUAAUAAGGGCAGAGAUGCGUCCCCCUUCCCCACUCGCAGGGAGCUCGCUCGGGCCACUCCUCGGCGGUGCGGCAGCCCUGCCCGGACUCCACUGCGCCUCUGAGGGGCUCAAACACACAUUCAAGAUCUGUGGUCAGUUCACAUGGUUUCGAGGCACAAUGCAGCACACUGGUUCUUGGAAACUCUGGCUCUGGGUGGCAAUGCUCCUGCUUCCUGCUUCCACCUCCGUGAUGGUCAGGGACAAGCCAGAAAAGCAAUGUCCUAUACUGAGAACAGAGGGACAUCAGUUUAUACAAGACAACAGAGAUAAACUUGAAGUUUCAGGUUUUGACUUAGGAGAGAGCUUUUCUUUGAGACAUGCAUUUUGUGAAGGGGAUAAAACCUGUUUCAAAUUGGGAAGUGCACUUCUUAUUAGAGAUACCAUUAAGAUAUUUCCCAAAGGCCUUCCUGAAGAGUAUGCCAUAGCAGCCAUGUUUCGUGUACGGAGAAGCACCAAAAAGGAACGGUGGUUUCUGUGGCAGGUUUUAAACCAGCAGAAUAUACCUCAGGUUUCGAUCGUGGUUGAUGGUGGAAAGAAAGUGGUGGAAUUUAUGUUCCGAGCUGCCGAGGGAGAUGUGUUGAACUACGUUUUUAAAAAUCGAGAACUCCGUUCUUUGUUUGAUCGUCAGUGGCAUAAACUUGGAAUCGGUGUACAAUCUCGGAGCAUUUCACUCUAUAUGGAUUGCAAUCUAAUUGCAAACCGGCAUACUGAUGAAAAGGAGGCUGUGGACGUUCAAGGAAGGACAGUUAUUGCUGCACGAGCUUCAGAUGGCAAGCCUGUAGAGAUUGAACUACACCAACUUAAAAUCUACUGUAACUCAAACUUCAUAGCUCAAGAAACUUGCUGUGAAAUAUCAGAUACUAAGUGCCCAGAGCAGGAUGGCUUUGGAAGGACUGAAUCAUCGUCGCUACCCGCUCAUGCCAGUAAACUGUCUGCCUAUCUGCCAGCAAAGCAAGAACUUAAAGAACAGUGCCAGUGCAUUCCAAACAAGUAUGGUUCCCUGGUCAGGAAAGAUGGGCCCAUGGACCUACAUGAACAUCUUUUGUGA